AUGUCGCUUGCAUUGGAGCUAUUGGACCGCAGAAAUAAAGCGUUUGGGGCGCAGAGCCAAAUGUGCGAGUCGAGCAACGCCGCUGAGCUUUGCGCGUUUCUACAGCAAGAGUACGAGGACUACGACGAUGCCCGGUAUGACGAGUCCGGUUGCGACAACGAGUUUGUGGACUGCUACGUGAGACGUUUGAACGACGUGGUGAAAGUGGGCCGGAUCGGGUACAGCGGACGCACGCAGGGCCGGGACGAGAGCCCUGCAGACGCCGUCGAGUUGAACAUCCUCAUCGAGAAGAGCCUGCUCGAGUAUGAGCUCAGGUUAGCGGAGAAAGUGCCCAGGGGCGACAGUGGCAAGAGCACCGAGGGUAACCGGAAGAAACUGGUGUUUGACGUCGAGCGGUUGGGAGAGGUGUUGAGCGGAGCCGGAGACGAUGGCAGUGACAGCGAUCUGGCGUUACUCAGACACUACGUCGAGUUGCUGAAGCUCGGGUACGCCCCGGAGCUCGCUGCAAACAGGAACGGCGGCGGCCAGAACGCUUCAGAGAAUACACUCAUGGACGAGCUGGUGUCGACGCUGCUCUCGCUCGCCGUGCAGCGGAACGUGUCGCUGCCGCCGCUGGACACGAAGGCGGCGGAGAGCAUGGAUGGCCGCAUCGGCUGGUUCAAGGAAUGCAUAUACAAGGUUGCCGGAGCGGCAGAAGGCCCGCGAGAUCGAAACCAGGACUCCGGCGCCGCCAGCGCAAGCAGAAGCGCCGCCGGAGACGACGACGAGAACUACAGAGCACUCAGAGACCUCCAGUUUGCCCACACGUAUCUUACAAAGAAGUACGAGGAAGAGGUUUCGCAGCACGGCCAGGCGAUGAACAGCAUGGUUGCCAAGUACCAGCAGUGCGAGGACCUGCUCAAACAGAGCAACUUCGAGCUCUCGAAGGUGUCGAACCAGCUGCUCCGUCUCGAGCUCCAGAACGCCGAGCUCACCAAGAAGCUCGACGCCCGCACAAAGGACGCCCACGAGCUGCAAUUGAAGAACAACCUGCUCCGGGUCGACUACCUCGGCCUUGCGCCGGCCACGACCCCGCCGGCGUCUGCCGACUCCGCCGAGGCUCCCGCAGACUCGCUGUCGCUGUCGCUGCCGUCGCCGGCGUCGUCUGCCUCCUCGGCAACCAUGCCAUCGUCCUCCGUCAGCGUCCGCAUCCUCCGCAUGGAGUUCAAGAAGCUCGUCGAGCAGAUGAACGCCCGCUUCGCCCGGGAGCUGGAGACGGAGCAGACCGAGAAACGGCGUCUCGAGGAGCUCGUCGAAUUGCACCGCCAGCGAGGCGCCGAGCGGUGA